ACCAUGCCUUACAACUGCUGCCUGCCCAACUUCAGCUGCCGCUCCAGCUGCCUCUCCCGGCCCUGCGUGGCCACCAGCUGCCAAAACAUCCCCCUACCCGGGGCCUGCAACAUCCCUGCCAACGUGGGCAACUGUGGCUGGUUCUGCGAGGGCUCCUUCAAUGGCAGCGAGAAGGAGACCAUGCAGUUCCUGAACGACCGCCUGGCCAGCUACCUGGAGAAGGUGCGCCAGCUGGAGCGGGAGAAUGCGGAGCUGGAGAGCCUCAUCCAGGAGCGGUGCCAGCAGCAGGAGCCCCUGAUGUGCUCCAGCUACCAGUCCUACUUCCGGACCAUCGAGGAGCUCCAGCAGAAGAUCCUAUGCAGCAAGGCGGAGAAUGCCAGGCUGGUGGUGCAGAUUGACAACGCCAAGUUGGCUGCUGACGACUUCAGAACCAAGUACGAGACGGAGCUGGGCUUGCGGCAGCUGGUGGAGUCGGACAUAAACAGCCUGCGCAGGAUCCUGGACGAGCUGACCCUGUGCAAGUCCGACCUGGAGGCCCAGGUGGAGUCCCUGAAGGAGGAGCUGCUCUGUCUCAAGCAGAACCAUGAGCAGGAAGUCAACACCCUGCGCUGCCAGAUUGGAGACCGCCUCAACGUGGAGGUGGACGCUGCCCCCACCGUGGACCUGAACCGCGUGCUCAAUGAGACCAGGUGUCAGUACGAGGCCCUGGUGGAGACCAACCGCAGGGACGUGGAGGAAUGGUACACCACCCAGGGUCUGACCUGUCUCUCCCCUUUGCUGUUUCAGACCCAGGGGCUGAACACCUGCCAGGCAGAGAUCAUCGAGCUGAGACGCACGGUCAACGCCCUGGAGAUCGAGCUGCAGGCCCAGCACAACCUGAGGGACUCUCUGGAGAACACGCUGACGGAGACGGAGGCCCGCUACAGCUCCCAGCUGUCCCAGGUGCAGUGCAUGAUCACCAACGUGGAGUCCCAGCUGGCUGAGAUCAGGAGUGACCUUGAGCGGCAGAACCAGGAGUACCAGGUGCUGCUGGACGUCCGGGCCCGGCUGGAGUGUGAGAUCAACACGUACCGGGGCCUGCUGGAGAGUGAGGACUGCAAGCUGCCCUGCAACCCCUGCGCCACGACCAAUGCCUGUGACAAGCCCAUAGGGCCCUGUGUCACCAAUCCCUGUGCCCCUUGUGGCCCCCGAACCCGCUGUGGGCCCUGCAGCACCAUUGGGUGCUAG